AUGCAAGCGGAUAUUUCUGUGCACCUGAACCGGUGCGUGUUCAACAGUCAUCCAGCCUUCAGGCUUGCUAGUGAUGGCUGUCGACGAUCGUUGGCCGUCCACUUCCAGACGUUGCACACCGCGCCCGGAGACUUGAUAUUUCACCAAGGUGAAAGCGUGGAGUAUUUGUGCUUCAUAGCAUCUGGUUCGUUGGAAGUACUUCAGGAUGAUGAAGUGAUUGCCCUCUUGGGUAAAGGCGACGUCUUUGGUGAUCCGUGCUGGAGGACGACCUCUUCAAUCCCAUCAGCUGCUAGCGUCCGGGCUCUUACCUAUUGUACUCUACACACCAUUCGGCUGGAACGACUACGCGCCGUACUGCAAUUUUACCAUGCAUUUGCUAACAGUUUUACGAGGAAUUUGGAAGUAAAUUACAAUCUGUGUAACAGAAUUAUAUUCCGAAAGCUUGCAGACGUUAAACGGGAGAUGGAGCUUUCCAUGCGACAGAAUAAAGAGCCUCCUCUAAGCAGCUUACCAGCAGGUCAUCCUGUUCGGAAACUAAUUUCUCGUCUUCGCCGACCGAGCCAAAAUUUAGGCACAAUUAUGUCCGGAGACAGCUCAUUGGAGGGAUCUGACCUAGAGAGUAUAUCGGGCUGUGUGCAGCCGGAAAACCAAAGACCAAGAAUGUCUCUAGCGAAUGUAGCCCGUGGACUUGUCGCUAAAACAGAUAGUGACACUCAGGCUCCGAGUAGCCACGCAACCACAUCGACUUUGUUGAGCUCCAUAAAUGAACGUGUCUCAAAUCAAAGUAUGACUACUGAACCUCAAACUGUAACAGGCGCUCCCCUUAUGGACAACACUACGGGCGCCGGAGGUACUCCCAGUGCAACUGCAACCCAACCUAAUCCAGCGCGUAAAUGGGCUCGUCUUAUUUCGAAAGCAACACAACCCCGGGUACCAAACACAAAUACGGACGCUGUUGACACCAGUCUGCAAGCCUCAUCGGUACCAGCAGACAAUAAACCCAUGGUUAAAGCAGUACCAGUAACAACCGUGGCUGACACCCACGUGCCUCAAUUUCAAUUGGCCGUUGUUCCACCUGCAUCUCAAGAAAGUGCAGCUGGGAUCAACUGUCCAAAAACCGCAGCAACUGUGAUGGUCAGCGAUGCGGCAAUAAAACAGCUGGGUCAGGCAUUACAAAAAGCACUUGGAGAAAUCCACAAGGACUUAUCUUCGCAACUCGUUGACGUUUUAAGCCGAAUCAACAAUCUAGAAACCCAAGUUGGCACAAUACAAAACCGUCUUGCAGAAAAUGAUCGAAAGAAAGACAGGCACUCAAGAUCACAAAUGAAAAAAGAACCACAAAGUAGCAACCCACCCAUUUCACACUCUAAGAUUACUAGCUCCAAGUCAGUGGAACCAGAGUAA